CAACACUCGGGAUCUAUAUAUAGCAGCAGUAUGUCUGCCUGUACUUGGGCUCCGAUGACAGGGGAGGCUUGGUAGAACAGGGCCAAAUUCCUCGCAGGAAAAGAUUUCGCUGAAUGAUGUGAUCCGUUUGUUUUUGCAAUAAUGGCGUAUGAUAUCGACAUCAGUGAACGGAAGUUGCGUCGCAACGUUAUGAUCUGAAUUUGGCCCUGUUUUCUCCAAGACGAAACCUUUCAUCAUGGCGCAUGUGCUUCAACUUCUGCCCAGGGAAAAGUGGAGCAAAACAAGCUUAUGAGUGACGAGAGUGACGACAGCGUCGACACUGUCAUUUCCGCGCUUGAUUCCCGCCUUUUGCAGUCCCUAUCUGCUUCCGACUCUCUGUCUCCCGAAGACAUCCUCCCAGAGACUCCCACUUCUGACAGUGGAACGACUGAGCAAUUAGACACCAUGGGUAACCGUCAUGGUGGAGAUAAGAAGAAGAAGAAAGAAGAAGAGAAGCAACCAGAGAAACCUGACGACAAACCCAAGCGAAAAGGGAAGAAGUCCAAAGGUAAAUCAAAGAGACAUUCACAACAUGAAGGAGAGGGUUCUUCAGGACAUGGUCCAGGUGCCUGCGCCUCUCCUUCCAGUUCAAGUUCAAAAUCCAAAUCUAAGAGACCCGAUGUUUUGGCCGACUUGGGAACCCAGUCUCCCGGAUCACCUCUAGGAAGUCCAGGAAGUUCCCAAGGUACAUGGUCAUAUGAUGACGAAUCGGAUGUGAGUACAGUUGGGUACAGUACCCCUCUUUUAUCAACUCCUCAAGUUCAACGAUGUGUUUUACCAAAACAGCCACCAAUCCAAACCUCUACUGAGAGGUUGGAGGAACUUGGUCGGUCAAUUGAAAGGACUAUCAUAGAUAAUUUGUCGGAAAGACCUCCAGGGGAAGAAGGCGCUGCUGCUGCUUCUCCGCCAUCGACAACGUCUACAACUGAAAGCAAAGGAAAAAGAAACGUGAAGAAAAAGAGGGCACUGGGCCAGGCUGUACUGGAUAGUGACAGUUUCACUCUACCACUUCAGGAUGUCAAACCUGAAAAGGCAGCUACGACCUCACCUCAGACAAAGAAGCUAAUUGUUGGCAGCGAAAAAAUAUCUCUCCGUGCUUCUCAGGAAUGUCCUGUGUCACCAUGGCUGCGGGAUGAUGACACGCCUCUCGACGAGGAGCAGAUGGAUGAAAUGUUUAUCAGCUGUAUUGAUUUGUCUUACAACCUCGCUGACAUUUGUUCUGAAAAAGAGUUUACUGAAUAUGGCUCACUUGAAUCAAGAAAGCAAUCAAAAGCUGAUUCAUCUCGAUCAAAGGAAACAUCACUGUCACCACGAAUUGCCAGGAAAACUGUACAAUCGAACUCUUCCCCUUUACCAAAACGAGUCGUACCGAAGAUAAAAGCAGCCGAUUCAAGGGACACUCCCCCAAAAUCUGAUUCGUCUACUUCCACUCUUGCAGAAGUUGGAUUUGAUACUCGAGAAGAGGCUAGCAAAUUGGAUUGUCUGGAGUCUACAGAUGUUUCUGGAAGGGGCACAGACAUACCAAGCCAAAGCACUAUUGUUGAAGCUGAUAUACAUGAACAUUCUCAAGCCACAUCAGUGACGGCUUCAUGUGUUGUUAACAGCGAAUCAGGUGCUAAGCCUAAAGACGCACAAAUAACAAAGAAAUCUGGAAAAUCGAAAAAGAAGUCGAAAAAGAAAAAAAAUAGAAACAAUGAAAAAAGUGUAGAAAAACGUGAAACAGACAUUCCUUUAAAUAAAGAUAUUUCCGACUCAACAGGAGUAAGUUCUGGAGAUAAGGGAAAUACAGAUUCCCUUUCUGAAAGCCCAGAACAUACCACAACCACUGUGAAUGAUAAUUUAGAAGGAAGUGCAGAAAUCAAUAUUUCAAAAGCAGCAGACAACAGUGACACAAAGCAGUCAGUGAUAGACACUGUUCUCGACAAUGCAUCUAACAGUCCUGAGAAAACAUUGACAGAUGAUGUGCAAAAUCCUGAACCUUUAUUGGACAUUUCUAAAUAUACCAUCACAAGAAAGGACGAACAAGUUCAAGAUACAUGUAGUGAUAAAGAGGUUGUGAAUGAAGAGAUUUCUGACAAAUCAAACAACAUACUCCCAGAGGGUGCAGUUUCUGAUGUUACUUCUGACGUUUUGAAAUCAAUCUCAGAAAGUAAACAAACAAAUCAGAUUGAAAACGCCCAGCCUACAAAAGAGACCAGUGGCAGUGUAACAAGCGACGGUAAGGUUGUUGAAACCAAACAGGAAGCACCUACACAGAGUGAUCAAGCGGGCGAAAACCUUUCUCCUCCAGAGCCUGCAUCACCUAAACAUGUCCCUCCCCCAAGUCCCUCUGCGAUGGAUGCGCUUGCAGAGGUAGAUGAGGAGGACGAAGAGGCACUGGACUCAUUGGAACAAACAACACAACUAAAUGAGGUCCAACUGUUUGGUGAAACAGUUUUUAAGCGACUGUCAAGUCUUGUGGAAAGUCAAAGUCAAGAUGAAGACAUAGAUGACAGAUUCAAAGAUUUCUCAGAUAGUGUUGACCCUGACGAUGCAGAUUCUAGACCCGUGAAUUUAGGAUCCAUGGGUCUUGUUGGUGAUGAUAUGGAUGAAUCUAUAGAAACAAAGACGCCGGAGAUGUCCCCUGAGCGUGAGGUGAGACUGGAGACAAGUCCGCCCAAAGAAAUUGUUGAUAAAAUGCUUGUACCUGCCACAGUGACAGUUGUUGAGAGGACAGUUGUAUCUGUACAUGCUGAGACUAUUGAGGAUGUUUCACCGAUUUCCAUGAAGAAAGGUGAAGAAUCAUAUACAGAAGACAAAGAUGGGUAUAUUGUUGAUGACGGUACCUUAAAAGCAAAGAAGAAGAGGAAAUCAAGCAAAAAGAAGGGUGGAAAAGAUAAAAGCAAAUCUAAAAAGGAUAAACAAGGGAAUGUGGUGAGGAAACCUGAAAUACCUGUUGAGUUGAAACAAGUUGAAAACACCCACGAUUCAUCAGCAAGGACUAUAUCUGAUGAAACGACAAGUGUUAGUGAGACGGAUGAAUCAGAAAAAGAGAACAGUCCGCCCAAGAGGGAAUCUCAGCAAAUUCAAGAUGUUAUUGAAGCUUAUGGACUUGAAAAUAUCGUUGGUGUGAGUGUAGAAACGUUGUCCGAUGACCAAGAUGUGACAUUAGUUGAGGACGACUCUAUAAAGCAGAGAGACUAUCUCAUGGUAAGACCUCAAUAUGAGAGUGAUGAUGACUCUGAGGACAGUUGUGAUAGCAGAUCAAGAUCUUCAGGAGAUCCAAGCACAUCCAACUCUCGGCGUAUUCCCGAAAUCGAGGAGACAUUCAGUGAGCUCUUAUCUGUGAAGCAUAUUCUUGAGGACUUGGAAGACAGGACCCCUACCGAAGAAAAGCUACCUUCUUUUGUAAGCUCGGAAGUACUGAGGUCGCCACCGGAUUAUUUGAAUGGUCGGCGAUCGAGGAUGUCCCCAGCUAUCACUGACCGGACAGAAUCUGACCUUGACAUAUCCGAACAAAGAGAUGACAUCAGCACAGACAGCAUGUACGCCGACGACGAAGAUGACGGUGCGAGUGAGGUGUUAUUCAGUCGGAGCUACAGUGAACCGGAUGGCAACGAAGUCGUCGUCAGCUGCACCUUCUAUAACACACAACACAACAACAACACCAACGACAGUGACGACUUUUGGGAGGACUACACCACAGCGGAUGAGAGUUUUAAGCAGAUCGAGAUCUCAGCGGACGCGGCGUCGUCGACCUUCCAGAAUGCACGGAAACAGAUGCACGACAUCCAUCAACAUCUACAGGACCUGCGACGUCAAAUGGAACAUCUACAGGAGGAAGUGGAACACGCCACCUUAACGCCCGAGUAUUCUAUGGACUCCGAGGAUAAGAGACCCAUCACAGAAUGACUCUGUGGUGAUAUCAAUGGUUGUCAUUUGAAAUAUUUAGAACAUUUGAAAGAAUAAUAUUAACACAUAUUCAUUGUCAAUGCUGAUAAAGGUUCAUAUGAGUCAUGUCGAAAGUUAUGUCACAUGAUUGGUACGAUGAAUGCCUGACAAAUAGACAAGGGUUGUAUCAAUACUAUUUUGAUUAUAGAAAUUGACAAUCAUUGAGUUGAGUCUCGGUUUCAUUCCUGUGGAGGACGUUUAAGUAUACAGUGAACCUCGUUAGUACGGACCUCGUUUAUUCGAAAUCACUGCCUUCCGUAUGAUUACCGUCGACACACAAAGUGACAUACUCCAAACGCAUGGUGUGUUAAUUUGGACGUUUCAUUGGAAGUGAUGCGGUCCGAAUUCACAGAAUAUCACUGUACUGAAGAAAGUGAUAUUACUUUAAAGAUACCACAGACAUAACUUACCCGGAAACUCGUAAAUACAAGUAUUGAGACAAUCACUACUCGCCCACAAGGCUGCGAGGUGUUUUUUAAACAUUAUGUGAGAAAUUGUGAACAGUUAUGGUCACAAGUUACCAAGAGUUAAAGUGUUAUAUUUUGAAAUUCCCGUUUUCCUGUUCAACUUUAUAGAUAUAUGACUACGUUAUCCCCGUUAAUUCAUCAUAGGACUUGCGUUCCUAUCACAGCAUAGUCCAUUGAAGAGUUCUAACCCAUUUGACGACGCAUUCAACCAGCUACAAUUCCUAACAUAACAAAACUAUUUGAAAUUGUAGGUUACCAUGGCAACACAAUCAACGCAGAGGCUAUUCAUUCAGCCAGGCUGGCCUGGAAAUCGCUCAUGCAAUUUACUUCUACAUGUAUUUAUUCUGAAUUACCACAAGCAACCAUGACAUAAAUACUUUAACGAAAUUGAUGGAUAAGGUUAUAAUUUUAAAUACUUGCUGUAAAACAAAUUUCAGAAAAAUACGUGUAGUCGAUAACAACAUCAGGUAUGGCGAAUACACGGAAGCGUGCACUGCGUCACACGCCACAGCAGACCCCUUUUCAGUGGAAAUGGAGUCUUCCAUCGCGUGCGGAACGCCUAGUGUCCCAAACACAGUGCACGCACCCAUCUUUCUUCAGUUGUUUUACAGUAGGUGUAAGGGCAGUAUUUUACGUUUGCUUCCAAUAUUUUCUUCCAGUUCGCCUUCACGUCAUUCAUAUGAGCAUCUUUGCAUAUCCAUCUGCAUUGUACAAUAUCCACACCAUUGUUGCGCUUCAUGACAGAGAGAUCAAAUUAUUUAGAAACAGGGAAAGGGGUGUACUAUAAAAAACAGCGAUCUGGAUAACACUUCGAGCUGGUUGUCAGGUCGUACAUUUCAGAAGUAUUUUUUACGUCCCUUUGGGAUAAUUCUGAAACCUUUUUCAAAACAAGUGAGAAAUAUAAUCCUAUCAAACCUGUCAUGUAUCUCCGAGACAAAGCCCAGAUUGGUUAUGCAUAUUGAUCGAUUAUUUUGUUGUUUUAUUUUGGUUUAAUUUCUGACAUUAAGGAAACAGCAUUGUUUUCUGAAUAACGAAAACCCGACUUCUUCUGUCGAAAAUCAACUUCAUUUGACAAAAAUAAUAUUUUGUCUUGUGAGAGAGUUACAUAAAUCAACCUUCUAUUUUUGUAUUUGGGAAAAAAUGUUGUAUCCUUAACACUAUUUAGUUUUGUUUGGUAUGAGAACUAUGUAGCUGUAAUAACAAUUCGUGUCCGUGGGGUGACCGAGGAGGAGAAGUGAAGAUUUCAGGACGUCUUAUAAGGAGGGUAAAAUUCGUAUCGUUUACAUUUAGCUGAUUAAAUAUUAUUAAUAUGUGUACAGUUUUAACUAGCUUGAGCAUUAGUAGAUCUGGGGUUGGAUUGUAAUAAGUCGAACCUUUGUUUGCAUCUCUAAUACAUGUUUUGUCAAAUAUUGAAUAAAACAUAUAUAAACAUCAA